AUGCAUCAUAUGAACGACACCGAACUUUUUUGGCGGGCUUCAUUUGUGCCCCGUAUAAAAACUUACCCUUUCAAGAGAACUCCCAAGAUUGCUUUCAUGUUCUUGACGAGGGGGCCGUUGCCUUUGGCGCCUUUGUGGGAGAAAUUCUUCAAGGGGAAUGAGAAUCUUUAUUCGAUUUAUAUUCACUCCUUGCCUUCUUAUCAGCCCGGUUUUUCGCCUUCAUCAGUUUUCUACGGCAGGCAAAUUCCGAGCCAGGUGGCUGAGUGGGGCAUGAUGAGCAUGUGUGAUGCCGAGAGGCGCCUCCUCGCGAAUGCUCUGCUCGACUUUUCCAACGAGUGGUUCGUCCUCUUGUCCGAAGCCUGCAUUCCCCUCCAAAACUUCAGCAUAAUCUACCGAUACAUUUCGAGGUCUCGAUUCAGUUUCAUGGGCUCGUUCGACGAGCCGGGAGGGAACGGUCGAGGCCGGUACAACGAGAAAAUGGCCCCACUCGUCAACCUCACGAACUGGCGAAAAGGCUCGCAAUGGUUCGAAAUCAGUCGUGACUUGGCCGUAAGUAUUGUUCGAGACUCGGUUUAUUACCCGAAAUUUGAGCAGUUCUGCCGGCCAGCUUGCUACGUGGACGAGCAUUACUUUCCGACCAUGCUGACGAUCGAGUCCCCGCGCCAGCUGGCGAACAGGAGUCUCACGUGGGUCGACUGGUCGAGGGGUGGGGCCCACCCGGCAACUUUUGGGAGGGGGGACUUGAAUGAGGAGUUCUUCCGGAAGAUUCUGAUAGGGGGCACGGGUUGCCUGUACAACAAUCAGCCCACGACAUUGUGUUUCUUGUUUGCAAGGAAGUUUGCGCCGAGCACGUUGGAUUAUUUGUUGGAAAAUUCGUUCAAGUUGUUCGGGUUUUGA